UCAGGGACCUGUAUCGAGAAAGAACCUUAGGUUUCAAAAACAACAACUCGUACUCCAAUUAUCUCCACCACCACAACCAGCAACGAAAAUGUCAUCGACGGUGAUGAGAGAUCUGGAAACCACCAGAUCUCCAACAACAAUGAGCUACCGGAGCAACACUUCACCCCAACCAUCACUCCCGUUGGUAGUCACACUCAACUGCAUCGAAGACACAACAAUCGAACAACAAUACCUAACCGGCAUCGCACGUGUCGAGCACGUGCCUCUGAGUCUACUCGCGGAGGCGAAGAUCGAGUCUGCCGCAGCUGUUCUUCUCCACUCGCUCGCGUUCCUACCACGCGCCGCCCAGCGCCGGCUCCGGCCGUGGCAGAUCGUGUUGUGUCUCGGAUCAUCUGACCGUUCCGCCGAUUCGGCAAUCGCCGUUGAGCUAGGGCUUGGUAGGCUUGUACACGUGGACGUCUCGCGAGCUGAGGAGGUUGCUGAUACGGUUAUGGCGUUGUUUUUAGGGUUGUUACGACGCACGCACUUGCUUUCUCGUCACGCGCUAUCGGCUUCGGGAUGGCUCGGCUCUGUUCAGCCGCUCUGCCGUGGAAUGCGCCGGUGUAGGGGGCUUGUGUUAGGGAUUAUUGGCCGGUCCGCUUCUGCUAAGUCUUUGGCUACGAGGAGUUUGGCGUUUAAGAUUAGUGUGCUCUAUUAUGACGUUCAUGAGGAAAAUGGAAAAAGAAUAAGUAGGUUUCCUCCUGCUGCCAGGAGGAUGGACACUCUUAAUGAUUUACUUGCUGCAAGUGAUCUCAUCUCGCUCCAUUGUGCCCUAACAAAUGAGACAAUUCAAAUUUUAAAUGCUGAAUGCUUGCAGCAUAUCAAGCCAGGGGCAUUUCUGGUAAAUGCCGGUAGCAGCCAGCUGUUAGAUGAUUGUGCUGUAAAACAGCUUUUGAUUGAUGGCACACUUGCAGGAUGUGCGUUGGAUGGUGCUGAAGGGCCUCAAUGGAUGGAAGCAUGGGUACGGGAGAUGCCGAAUGUUUUAAUACUCCCGCAAAGUGCAGAUUACAGUGAAGAAGUAUGGAUGGAAAUUCGGGAAAAAGCCGCCACUAUAUUACAAACAUUUUUCUUAGACGAUGUUGUCCCAACCGACGCCAUUUCCGAUAUCGACGAAGAGGAAAGUGAAACACUCUAUGAAGAUGAACAAACUGUCAAACAAGACAAACGCAGUGCAUCACAAUCCUCUACCAUUCAACAACUAACAGACGAUAUUCAUAUGCCUCACAAGAGUCCCAUGAUAAAAGAUAUUAACCAACCUCAAGAAUCAACAUCCCUUCAAUCUGAAGUCAAACACAGUAGAUCAGGUAAAAAAGCUAAAAAAAGACAUGCCCGUCAAAAGUCAAUGCAUAAAGAAAAAGAGGGUACCGUAAAUAAAGAAGAUGAUACUGCCAUGAGUGGUACGGACCAAGUGUUGAGUUCACCGGAUGAUUCACGAAGUAAAAGAACAACUGUUGAAUCACUACAUGAUUCGUCGGCUAAAUAUCUGAAAUCGAGCACCGGUGUUGGUAAAAGGUCUAUUGAGAUGUUGAAAGAUGGUUGUGUUAUUUCUUUGCAAUCACGAGAUCACGCUGCACUUCAUGUUUCUAGGCAGAGAGCUAAAGGUGGCGGAUGGUUUCUGGAUACAAUGUCAAAUGUGACGAAAAGAGAUCCAGCAGCACAGUUUCUGGUUGUUUUCAGAACCAAGGACACAAUUGGUUUACGAUCUUUCACUGCUGGCGGGAAGCUGUUGCAGAUAAAUAGAAGAAUGGAAUUUGUAUUUGCUAGUCAUAGUUUUGACGUUUGGGAGAGUUGGACGUUUGAAGGCUCUUUGGAGGAAUGUAGACUUGUUAAUUGUAGAAAUCCGUCUGCUGUUUUAGAAGUACGUGUGGAGAUUCUAGCAACCGUAGGAGAUGAUGACGGGGUAACUCGGUGGCUUGAUUAAUCAUAUUAGCCUGAGAAAGCUACCCAACCGUGUGCACAUGACUUCAUUCACAGAUUCUUUGUCUUGAGGUUUGUACUAUCAUUUAUCGAUAUUUCUAUUCCUUUCCGGCAUUCUUUGCCUUGAGGUUCUCACCACUAGUUUUCUAAAUUAGUCAAAAUGUGGAGCAUUAUGUAAUGAAAUUCAUUUAGUUUGUGUUUGGAGUCGUAUGGCGUGAUCCAACCGAAGUUGGGUGUGCAAAAUUUCGCCGGCUUUGUGGGUCUAUUUUAUUUGUGUAUUGUUAAGCUUUUGGCACCAUCUAUAUAAAUCUUUCAAAUUUACUUGCUA